AUGGGAAUUCUGAAUUGGAUCAUUUUCUGGAACGACAAUCGAAGCCAUUCGAUUAUUUAUCAUGCAGUCCGACAGGUGUCCAUUAUUUCCUUGUUUAUUUUCGCAGUCCUCUUUCUUCCAUCAUUUCCAACAAUUUAUUUGCUAUCUCUCUCAUUAAUCGAGUACACGAGAAAGUGCAGUGGCAUCUGUCUCGUUACCCUUUAUAUAUUCUUUCUUUUUGUUACAUGGUUUACAGGAUUUCUAAUUCAGCCUUUUGAAGAUCACUUACAUCCACGAAUUACAGUUUUAGACUUACUCAGAGGUGCAAUGUACGUAAUGGCAGUAGUAUUUGAUCGUUUAACAACGAAAAGAUUUGGAAUUGUAAGUAAUAUUACUUUAUUUUCAUUUCCAAUCUUUUUAACAUGUUCUGCUGAAUUUAUAGCGGUUAUUGAUCACCUUGGUACCUCAAUUCAUGUUUCAUCUUUUUGUAAUACGUUUUCAGAUUUCACAUUUCUUCCAUUAAGAUUCAUAGGCCCUUCAGGAGUUGCUUUUGCAGUUGGAUUCUUCGCAUCAUAUACAUCUAUGUGGCGUGUUGCCCGCUAUUUAGGAAGAAGAAAAUUUAGAAUUCAUAUGAGGGUUUUUCCGAUCAUUAUUGUCGCAGUUGUUGUAUUUAAUUUCUUCUUUGUACGAUCAGAAACACCAGCGAAGGCUGUUGUCAUUGAAAAUUUCAAUAAUACAGACGUUUCAAAAAUCCGCAAGUUAAUUAAGAAAGUAAAGAGCAACCCAGAGUUUAUAAUCAUCGAUAUGCCAAUUACAGGUGAUAUUUCACUUCUACUUUCGUUAAAAUCGAAAUCAUUACUUACAUUCUGUCAUUCCAGCAAUAAGACAGAUACUUUAUACGUUGUUACAUCUAAUGGAACCACCCAGUUCCCUCUUGUCCAUCAUCAGAAGUCAAAAGUCCCAUUUUUGUACAAAAUGCAAGAAAUUCUUGUUUUGAACACAACACUUGGUCGAACAGCUUUCCUUGUUGGCAGGGACAUCUUAUUUGCAGAGUUCUUCGCUUCACAGCCUGUAGAUAUGAUUAUUUCUUUUGGCGCAUCUGAAUAUGAUGAAAAAGCCGGACUAAUGACCAGAGUUGGUUCCAUAAUUAGUUCUACAACAGGAGCAUAUCAUUUCCAUACUUCUGGUUACUCAAAGACGUAUCUUUUCAAAGGAAAUGGCCAUUUAGCAUUCACUGCAAAUCCUGAUAAAAAAGAAGUCAGAGAGUUCAAUAUUUACGCCAGCGAAAACAAGAUUUUGAUUGGCGGAAACAAAUUGAUUUUCUUCGCUUUCUUUUUCCAUGUUUUAGGAAGUUUGUGGAUCAUUUUGAACUUCUUACCUUAUCUAUACGUGAGAAACAUCACUCAAUUACCUCGUGGAGUUGUCAUGACAAUUCAGGACUCAACAAUGUAA